GAGAGAGAGAGAGAGGGGGGAAAAGAGUCCAUCAUCACCAAUUUCUCCUUCAACUCUUUCGUCUCUGGAGAGAGAGAAACUUGGUCUUCCAUCCGAAGAUCGAUCUUUUUCUUCAUGAUAUCUGGAGAAAAUUUUCUGAAGACAGUUUAAAGAUCCAGUUGCAGAUCUGUUGAUGGUUUUUGGUGGGUCUUCUGCAUCUGAGUUGAAAUAGUGUCGGAGUUACGAAACAUGUCUUCUCUCAGUAGAGAGCUCGUGUUCUUGAUCUUACAGUUUCUCGAUGAGGAGAAGUUCAAAGAGACUGUUCACAAGCUUGAACAAGAAUCUGGGUUUUACUUCAAUAUGAGGUAUUUUGAGGAAGAGGUGCAGAGUGGCAAUUGGGAUGAAGUGGAGAGAUAUCUCUCUGGAUUCACGAAAGUGGACGAUAACCGAUAUUCGAUGAAAAUAUUCUUCGAGAUCAGGAAGCAGAAGUAUCUUGAGGCCUUGGAUAAGCAUGAUCGUUCCAAAGCUGUGGAUAUUCUAAUGAAGGAUUUGAAAGUAUUUUCUACCUUCAACGAAGAGCUUUUCAAGGAAAUCACAAAUCUCAUGACAUUAGAUAACUUCCGGGAGAAUGAACAGUUAUCCAAGUACGGGGAUACAAAGUCGGCUAGAGGUAUCAUGUUGGUGGAACUCAAGAAGCUUAUUGAAGCGAAUCCAUUAUUCCGCGAUAAAUUGCUGUUUCCUUCCCUCAGAAAUUCAAGGCUGAGGACUCUGAUCAACCAGAGCUUAAAUUGGCAACAUCAACUUUGCAAAAACCCGAGGCCGAAUCCUGAUAUCAAAACCCUUUUCGUGGAUCAUUCGUGUGGCCCACAGAAUGGUACGAGGGCACCAUCGCCCGUGAACAAUCCACUGCUUGGCUCGUUACCAAAACCCGGGGGAUUUCCUCCUUUAGGUGCACAUGGGCCUUUUCAGCCAAUGCCUUCAACUGUUCCAACACCUCUCGCCGGUUGGAUGUCUGGCCCUUCGACGGUCCCUCAUCAUCCUGCUGUGUCUGGGGGAUUCAUUGCUCUCGGCUCUCCAUCUAUCCCAGCUUCCUUGAAGCACCCGAGGACUCCAACGACGAAUUCUUCUGUGGACUACCCAUCCGGGGACUCUGACCAUGUUUCCAAAAGAACAAGAUCUAUGGGGAUCUCUGACGAGGUGAAUCUAGGUGUUAAUAUGUUGCCGAUGACUUUUCCAGGGCAGGCCCCUGUUCAUACUCCGGCUUUCAAAGCAUCCGAGGACUUGCCCAAGACGGUUGCACGAUCUUUGAGCCAUGGCUCGUGUCCCAUGAGCAUGGAUUUCCAUCCAUUAAGACAGACUCUACUACUCGUUGGUACAAAUGUAGGGGAUAUCGGCCUGUGGGAAGUUGGUUCUAGGGAACGUCUAGUGCAUAAGACGUUCAAAGUUUGGGACUUGAGUAAAUGUUCAAUGCCCCUGCAGGCUGCUUUGGUGAAAGAUCCUGCUGUUUCUGUCAACCGCGUGGUAUGGAGUCCUGAUGGUUCAUUGUUCGGAGUUGCUUACUCGAGGCAUAUCGUACAAAUAUACUCUUAUCAAGGCGGUGAUGACAUGAGGCAACACCUUGAGAUGGAUGCGCAUGCCGGUGGCGUUAACGAUAUUGCAUUCUCCACUCCAAACAAGCAACUCUGUGUAAUAACGUGCGGAGAUGACAAGACCAUCAAGGUUUGGGAUGCGACCACAGGUGCGAAACGGUAUAUGUUUGAAGGCCACGAGGCUCCUGUAUACUCUAUCUGUCCUCACUACAAGGAAACCAUUCAGUUCAUCUUCUCAACAGCGCUCGAUGGAAAAAUAAAAGCAUGGUUAUAUGAUAAUAUGGGUUCUCGGGUUGACUACGAUGCUCCUGGUCGGUGGUGCACGACGAUGUCUUAUAGUGCUGAUGGAACUAGGCUUUUCUCUUGUGGAACGAGUAAAGAAGGGGAAUCGUACAUAGUGGAGUGGAACGAAAGUGAAGGAGCUGUUAAACGAACUUAUCAAGGAUUCAACAAGCGUUCCCUCGGAGUUGUACAGUUCGAUACGACCAAGAACCGAUAUCUGGCUGCAGGUGACGACUUCUCCAUUAAAUUCUGGGAUAUGGAUAGCGUUCAGCUCUUGACAGCCAUUGAUGCCGAUGGAGGUCUCCAGGCAAGCCCGCGUAUCCGGUUUAACAAGGAAGGUUCUCUCUUGGCUGUCUCUGCUAACGAAAAUGUGAUCAAGAUUUUGGCAAAUUCUGAUGGUUUGAGGCUUCUCCAGACUUUCGAGAAAAGUUCAGCCGAAUCCUCCAAGGCUGCAAUUAACUCCAUUGCAGCGACAACCGCUGCUACUACUAGUGCUGUGCUUACAGAGAGAUCGGCUUCUGUGGUUUCCAUACCGGGAAUGGUGCGAGAGAAUGGAGAAUCUCGAAAUAUGGUGGAUAUGAACCCGAUGAAUGUAGAAGAAUCGAAUGAUAAGUCUAAGAAAUUUAAGCUCACCGAAAUCAACGAACCCUCUCAAUGCCGGUCGCUAAGACUCCCCGAGAAUCUGAGAGUUACCAAGAUAUCAAGACUGAUUUUCACAAAUUCGGGCAAUGCUAUCUUGGCUUUGUCAUCAAACGCUAUCCAUCUGCUAUGGAGGUGGCAGCGAAGUGAACACAACACAACUGGAAAGGCAACUGCCAGUGUACCGCCUCUGCAAUGGCAACCACCGAGCGGAAACCUCAUGACAAACGUCGUGUCUGAAACUAACCCUGAAGAAGCUGUACCGUGUUUUGCUUUAUCCAAGAACGACUCGUACGUGAUGUCGGCUUCUGGAGGAAAGAUCUCCUUGUUUAACAUGAUGACAUUUAAGACAAUGGCUACGUUCAUGCCGCCGCCGCCUGCUGCAACGUUUCUUGCUUUCCACCCUCAAGACAACAACAUCAUUGCCAUCGGGAUGGAUGAUAACACGAUUCAGAUUUACAACGUCCGUGUGGAUGAGGUUAAGAGCAAGCUCAGAGGUCAUUCUAAGAGGAUAACCGGCCUCGCCUUCUCUAACGUACUGAACGUUCUGGUUUCGUCUGGAGCAGAUUCUCAGAUUUGCGUUUGGAACACGGAUGGAUGGGAGAAGCAGAAGAGCAAGGUUCUGCAACUUCCACUGGGAAGAACAGUGGCCACAGCACCAUCAGACACUUGCGUUCAGUUCCAUCAAGACCAUGUUCACUUCCUGGUCGUGCACGAGACUCAACUUGCCAUCUACGAAACUACCAAACUCGAAUGCGUGAAACAGUGGGUAGUGAGCGAAUCAUCAGCGCCAAUAACGCAUGCAACGUUCUCAUGCGAUAGCCAACUGAUCUAUGCGAGUUUCAAGGACGCAACAGUCUGCGUUUUCACCUCUUCAAACCUCAGGUUGCGUUGCCGAGUGAACCCGUCAGCUUAUCUUCCUUCCAAUCUGAGCAACUCGAAUGUACAUCCAGUGGUGAUAGCUGCACAUCCGCAGGAGCCAAACAUGUUUGCGGAAGGUUUAUCGGACGGAGGCGUCCACAUAUUCGAGCCGCUUGAGUCGGAAGGCGGAUGGGGCGUCGCUCCUCCGGCCGAGAACGGCUCCGACCAGCCCCAGAGAUGAUGAUCUUUGGAACCGAGUCGUCAUCUUCUUCAUCUCGUCUCUCUUUGUUUUUUUGCUUUCCUAUACCUUAUUUAAGGUAGAUUGAUUUAACAUAUACCUAUAAUCACUAAUAAGAUGACUGUCGUUAAUGGAGGGAUCCAUGUAGGU